AUGCUGCUCACAAAAGGUGUUUUGCUUAUAUUGAUCAGCGUGCUACGCACAUUUGCCUCGCAGGAGCCGGAUCCCUGGACAGAGGCCCAAUCUCUGAUGGCCACUAUCGGGAAGGGCAUAAACCCGAUAGAUAUCCCACAUACGGAAAGGCCACCAGUAGCGUAUACGGUAUCGUACGAGGUUCCGUUGGACUACCAUCCGGAUGACGAAUACCAACUUUUUAAGAGGUUUUGGGACGCAGAGGCCACGGAGGAGCAACAGCGGCUCUCUGAUUUGCUUAUUGAGUCGACAGAUAAAUACAAUAACACAGACGCUGCAUUUACACUUGCGCAAUGCUUCCUGUAUCAACAUUAUGGGUUCCCCCACAGCAAGGAACUUGCAGAACUCUACCUGAACAAAUUCAACGAGUGGACACGGUACUCCAACUCAACGACUCUGUUUCAGCAAGGCGUGAUGUAUUCCACAGGGUCAGUAGGGUACAACACAACGGAUGCGCCAAAGGGACUGCUGUACUAUCAAAGAGCGGCCAGGUUGGGCUCCAUCAGGGCCAAACAGGUGCUCGCUUACAAAUACCUGAACGGGCUGAACGUCCCCAGGGACAUGAACAGAGCGCUGCUUUUGUAUAGAGAGCUGGCUGAACAAAUUAGACACAAAUACUCGGAUGAACAGUGGAACGUUAUCUUCCCUUACACAGAGAGUUUCAAUAUCAGGUUACCUGAUUUUGACGAUGGGUUACUGGGACCGCAGUUGAGUUCUACGAAAUUGAGCACUAUCAGAAUAAAGUCAGCGAGACCUGAUAUCACAUCGAGUGUUUUGACGAAGAUGCGUGGUGGGGAUAUAAUGCUACGGUUCAACAACGUUGACGAAAGUAGCUCGUUUGCCUUGGGGUCCGAUCUGGAGGAUAACGACGACCAAAUAGUGGACCUCUUUUAUAUUGCAUGGGAUGAGUACAAAGGCACGUACACGAGAGCUAGGGAUUGUUUAAAGGCGAGGAAGCUAUUGGAGUUUUCAGUCGAGGAGUUUGACGACGACGUAUACAACAUGGAGAGUCUGCAAAGGUAUUUCUAUUCGAAGACCUUGGACUUGUUGGGUCACAUAUACUUCACCGGUGAGGGCUUAUCUGCUCCGGACUUGAGCAAGGCGGAGCAAUAUUUGAAAAGAUCCGUUGACAUCAUCAAAGAUGUAAUGGAGAUCAAAAGCCGCGCACAUAUCGACCUAGCGUUGAUCGAGCAGUACCACCACAAGAAUGUAUCGCAAGCUAUGCUCUACUACCAGCGUGUUCAGAAUUCGAGGGUCAACACUGGUAUCGUUGAGUACCAAAUGGCAAAGAUUAUCACCGAAUUCAACCAGCAGCAUCUGGGCGACCCAUUCUUGCUGAUGCAAACCGCGUACAUGAAGGGUUAUCCGCCUGCCUUCUACGAGUUUGCUAAAAUGACAGAGCAAGGUGUAAACAACAAGUACAACACGGAGGACACUGUCAACAUAUUUAAGAGUUUUGUGGAGAACAGCGAAUCAAUCAUGGCCCCGGAACUGAAGACUGCUUUUGGCGAGCUGUUGAUGGGUCAUUCUGAGACUGCGUUAUGGCUGUAUACGGAGGUUGCGGAACAAGGUUUCGAAAGGGCGCAGAUCUCGGCGGCACAUUUGAUGUACCAAAUCCCUUACAAGUACGAGGCGGCUCCACAGACGCCUGACCAGAGGAAGCUGAUGGCCAUCAGUUACUACACGCGCGCCUUCAAGCAGGACAACAUUGACGCGGGUGUCGUUGCCGGUGAUAUAUACUACAACAUGGGCAAGUAUGAGAAUGCGCUAUCGCUCUACCGUAGUGCAGCAUUGAAGUACUCCUCCCAGGCGGUUUGGAAUCUUGGGUACAUGUACGAGUACGGCUUGGGUGUCCCCAAGGACUAUCAUUUAGCAAAGAGAUACUACGACGAGGCCCUGGAGUUCAAUAAGUCACUUCUCGUGGGUGUCAAACUGAGCGUGUUAAAACUGAAAAUUAAGGCGUGGUACGAAUGGUUCAGUCACGGAGACAGUUUCAUAAGCACCAGUGCACACAAAAUCAUGGAGUCCAUGCCGGUCCUAUUAUACCUACAACGCUACUUAGAGGACGUUUCCAGUAGCACACGAGUCAUCCACCGCACGGUGGUGGAAAACGAAUACGAGGCGGACAUACUCAACAAUUUGCGAUACCUGGGGCGCGCAGAGACACGGCACCACACGCCGAAUCCGGACAGUAUCUUCAAGAGCACUACAUUCGAUUACGGCGAUGUCUUCCCCAUGAUCAUAAUCGUGUGUCUGUUCAUCGGUACCUUUGCGAUGCGCGCGUUCACCCAGAGAAACAACUGGAACGUAAGAGUAAACGGUGUCCCAAUAAACAGGCGUGCGCCGCAACAGCAACAGGGGCAAGAACAAGAACAGGAGCAACAGCAACAAGCGAACCCGCCAGCGGGCAACUUCGACAUCCAGAUGUUCGCCAUCUGA